AGUGAUGGCUUAUGGGAUAUGUGAUUCCAAAAUGGCGGCCUCGUUGAGUUUUGGAGCGUUAAAUUUUAGCGACAAAACUUCCAGUAAUUCCGAUAGCUGGCAAGAUGCAAGCACUGCGUUGGCAGAGCUUGACAAAGGUCUACGGUCUAGUAAGACAGGAGAACAGUGUGAGGCAAUAGUCAGGUUUCCAGGCUUGUUUGAGAAAUAUCCUUUCCCAAUUUUAAUCAACACUGCUUUGCUUAAGCUGGCUGAUGUUUUUCGAGUUGGAAGUAACUUUCUUCGGCUUUGCAUUCUUAAGGUCACCCAACAAAGUGAAAAACAUUUGGAUAAGAUUUUGAAUGUGGAUGAAUUUUUGAAGCGCAUUUACUCUGUGAUGUACUCAAAUGAUCCAGUGGCAAGAGCAAUCACUGUCAGAGUUUUUGGAAGCAUUGCCUGCAUUGUCUCAGAGAGAAAGAAUGUUCACCACAGCAUUAGAAGCAGUCUGGAGUCACAUGAUCAGGUGGAAGUAGAGGCAGCUAUCUUCGCAACCGACAAGCUGUGUGCACAAUCAAGAGAAUUUGCCUCUGGCCUUUACAAUAAGAUAGUACAACUAAUUGAAGGACUGAGUACUCCUGUAGAGAUGAAACUUAAACUGAUUCCCAUUUUCAGACAUAUGCAUUAUGACCUACAGCUGACAGCAAAGGUCCAUGAAUUAUGUUCAUCAUUACUUGCCUCUCAUCCAGCCUGUCAUUUUGUUGUCGUCACUCUUCACACCUUGUCCUGCCUUGCGGUAUCCACAGUGAUUGACAUUCCCAAACAGGCUGACCUGUUGCUUAAGUACUUGAUGCAGGAUCCCAGGAAAGUUGUCAAAAACCACGCUCUUGCUGACUUAAAAAUACUGGCUAAGGGCGCACCACACAUGUGGAGAUUACAGCAUAUCGAGGCUCUCUGUGACUUUAUACUCAGUAGCUGUUAUGAUAACCUUACUUUUGCUGCCUUGCGAACUAUGGUAACAUUAUCAAGAUCUGUAGCAGCUGACCUGAUACAUUGUGACAAAGUGCUUGAAGUUUGUCAGAAGGAAACUAACUCUUGUAAUUCAGCUGUAGCUGCUUUAACGUCAGAACUGCUUGUCAGUGUUGCUGUGGCAGGGAUAAAGUCUGGUAAAGAGGACAUUGCCCUUUGUGAACAAGCAGCUGUGGCAGUGGAGAGUUGUGCUAUUGUCUGUUGUGUCGGUGGACAACUUCAGCCCUUAAAGGUGUGUUUGCUGUCAAUGAAUAGUUUAGUGGAUAGUUAUUCUCAGGCAGCUUCGUCCCUUGUGGAGAGUUUGUCUAGCAUGCUUCCUACUUCCUCUGGUGCUGUAGCACUUGCAUUGUGUCGCACAAUGGUCACCAUGGCAACGCAGAUCCCCUCUGUACUUACACCUUUGAGAGGUGAAAUUGUUUCACACUUUGCCAAAGUUGUGGUCAGUGCAGAUGAUGACAGCCAGGAAUCGAAAGAUUUAGUGGUUGGCAUGGCAACUUUAAUUUUCCAGUCUUAUCGGGGAAUUUCUCCAGAUGAGGAUCAGAGUUUAAUUGCAAAAUUAGAUGAUUUGCUGUUGGAACAUUUGGGCAAAUUAACAACACCAUCAAGAUAUUGGACCAUGUUCAGGGUUGGCAAACAAGCCACCAGACAGGGUUUCCAUAGCCUUGCAGCCAAGAUAUUUGGAAACUUGUCAUCCAAGGUAGCAUCUGAACAUUUUUACUUCUGGUUGAUUGCCUUGAAGUUCUUCUGUGAAGCAGAGAGUUUGCUGAAUGUUUCUUGUGAUAGUCAGCUAGCACUGGAUAAACAGAUAUCUGAUGCUUGUGCCAGGUACCACAAGGGCAUCACUACACUCAAGGCUUCUGUGUCGUCCAACCGUCAGCUCUCAUUCCAAUGUUCCUACGCAAGCUUGAGAGCUGAAAUGUUCCAGGCUCACAGUCUUCUCCUUGCAUCAUGUGCCACCAUGAAAUCCUGUCCUCCACCUGCCAUCGCAACAGCUGUUGCCAUGGCUACUGGUCAAGACGUUCAGCGACUGAGUCACUUUGCCUCUCAAAUGACAGAAUGCAGCAAAAUUUUUCGUCGUCUUGGUGAAAGUUAUGGACAGCUGUACCGCUCAUCAUUUAACGCUGACCCGGUUAGUCUUCAGAACAUCGAAAUUCUUCAGCAGAGCUGUUUGCUGAUAUCACACAGUAUUGACGUGUUAAUGAAGACUUCCCAGCCAAGUUCUCUGGGUGAACAAGGAAACACAGUUACCAAGUCUGCAACAUUGAGAGAAAGCCUGCUCUCUUUAGCGUGCACAGAAAUUUUGGAAACAGUGGAGAGUCUAGCAAGUCAACUUGAGGCCCUCCCACUCUGCCACUUGCAAACUGAGUGUCUUAUUCGAGCCUCUAUGACUCUUCUCAAGGUGCCGUUCGUUUUCCCGAAGUACUUUUUCUGUAGUCAGCAAGCCACAUUUAUUAAGCUUGCUUUAUCUCCCUCGGCCCGGUCUCCUUCAGAACCCAUAUCAGUCACACUGGAGACUCAGUUUGUUCUGAAGGUGGAAGGAGUGAUUGAUCAUGGCCAGCAGCCAGGGCUUUAUCGUGAUGUACAAUCUCUUUGUCUGUCAGUUACUUGGCGUGCUGAGGACAAGAAGCAACAGGUCUUGGAUGGCAAGUCCUCUCGCGACAGUGUCACCAGUUUAGAACAGACGGUGGUUCCGCAUCAUGAUUACUUUAGUGCCCAGUUCCUGCUCUCUUUCAACUUGCCAACUGUUUAUCACGUGACGGUAUCCUCUAGCGUGAUUGACAGUUCUGGAAUACAAUGGAACACAGGACCCCAGAGUUCUUUGCAGGUCAAGACUUCAGAUACGGCAGCAAGAAAGCAGAGGACUUCUAGAUCAUAGCAAUCACCUGACUAAGAUGAAAUGAACUUUUUGUACAGAAAGGAUAAUAAAUGUAGUAAAGUUUUAGCAGUG